AUGGACUGCGAGAAACUGCCGAACGGACCGUACCAUCGGUGUCCGCAGGGGAGGUGCAUCCACCACCUGUCCCUCUGUAACAACGUCAACGACUGCGGGGAUUUCUCAGACGAGGAAAACUGCGAUUCUGACGUUCCGUUCGAGGUGCGCGUGCGCGGCGGUGAGACGGAGGGUCAAGGUCGCGUGGAGGUCAAAUACCGCGGGGAGUGGGGCCUGGUGUGUGACGACAAGUGGGACAUCAAGGACGCAGGGGUCGUCUGCAGGGAGAUGGGCUACACGCUGGGAGCAGAAGAGGCGUACUACCGUUCCUCCUACGGCGCCGGUAGUCAGCCCUUCGUGUUGGACGAUCUGGAGUGCGUCGGCACCGAGUCCUCUCUACAGGAGUGUGCGCAUGCGCCGUGGGGACAGCACGACUGCUCCCGGGGCGAGGCUGCAGCGGUCAAGUGUAAGCUACGCCAGGGCUGCCGGGAAAACGAACACGAGUGCAUCAACCGCAAAUGUAUCCCGUCAUCCUUCCUGUGUGACGGGCAGAACGACUGCGAGGACUGGAGCGACGAGGCGCAGUGCAACUGUUACCGCGGGAAAGGCCUGGUGUACCGCGGGAAUGAUCACGAGACCAUCAGUGGUCUCACAUGUCUGUUCUGGAACGAGACCUUAGACCGGAAGUUCAACACACGCGACUAUCCGAAUGGGCAGCUUGGAUUAGCGCCGCCUAGAGAGCCCCCGAAGUACUGCAGGAAUGACGAGGUGAUCUGUGCUAACCGCGCAUGUCUGCCGGCGCGCUUCCUGUGUGACGGGAAGGAUGAGUGCGGGGACGGCAGCGACGAGAAGUUCUGUGAUUGUUUCCGCGGACGGGGUAAGGACUACCGCGGGCGCCACUCCGUCACCACCGACGGCCUGUCCUGCCUCUUCUGGAACGAGACGACCCAUCUGGAGUUCAACUCGUGGAAGAACUCGCAGACGGAAUACGGAAUCGGGCAGCACAACUACUGCCGGAAUCCGGAUGGCGACCGGGCGCCGUGGUGCUACACGCACCCUAACGGGCGGUACGGGUACUGCAACGUCAGCAGAUGUGAAGACAAGUUUGACCUGUCGGACAGACCAGUCGGUGACGCGCCACGCAGCACCCAAAUAAGGCGUCCCCGUCCCGUCAUCCCCUGCGGCACGCCCAGCGUCUCCCCGCUGUUGAGCGGUGACGUAGCGGUGAAGGGCGAGCACCCGUGGCAGGCUUUGCUGCUGACCAAAGGCGUGAACCAUGUCUGUAGCGGGACGCUGGUACACGACUGCUGGGUCGUCACGGCCGCGCACUGCAUGGACCGUUCUAAGGACGCUUACGUCAUCCGACUGGGGGAGUAUAACAACGUCCUGGACGAGAAGACUGAGCAGGACUUCCGGAUUGACACCGCGGUCAUUCACCCCGGAUAUGACGUAGUCACAGGGCAACACGACAUAGCACUGCUCAAGUUGCGAAAGAAGAACGGCGAAUGCGCGAGACUCACCGACUACGUACGGCCCAUCUGUCUGCCGGAAACGGAAAUGACGUUCCCUGUUGGGACGCAAUGUGACGUCAGUGGAUGGGGUAGAACAGACACGGACCGGUCGGUUCGCCCCACGACCCUGACGAAGGCCCGAGUACCCCUGCUGCAGGACGCGCUAUGCGGGUACAUCUACGGGGACAAGCUUCUACCCGGCAUGCAGUGCGCGGGACACGUCAGGGGCGGGAACAACGCAUGCAAGGGCGACAUCGGCGGUCCGCUGUCGUGCAAGCAUGACGGGAAGUGGGUGCUCUGGGGCGUGACGUCAUGGGGGUUCGGGUGCGGGGAGCCGAAAACUCCCGGGGUGUUCACCCGCGUUACAGACUACUCCGACUGGCUGCAGAGAGUCAUGGCUUUCUACUGA